AUGGCGCGAGAUGCCCAGGGCUCGCUGCCCGAAGCCCUCCACCAGAUACAUGCCACAGCAUCGCAGACCGAUACACUGACUACCUUCGACGAACUCGCCGCCCCUUCUUCACCGCCUGGAGCUGGCGAGCCCAAGGGCAUCGAGCUGGUCCAGGGCGGCUUCAGCGGUCUGUACAGCCGUUUGAGGGCUUCGGUUGGUGGGGCAAGAGAGCAAUCGCAAGAGGCUGCUGGUGGAGGAGGAGGAGGGCCCACGAGCUCGCCCGCAUCUUCAAGGCCAGGUGCGGUCAACAGGAGCCCAGGCGACACCUCUGCCUCUUCGCCCAUAGUCAUGCCUGUUCCGUCAUCGAAACUGCAAUCGCCUUCUUCGUCCUCCUUCCCCGAAGUCCUGCCCCCUUCACGGGAUUCUAACAUAUCAAACACGACCUUGUCCAGCAAGGCCUCGCUGAAUGCCUCGAGGACUUCGCUUGGCGCAACACGAUCUCGGUCAUCACUGACACCCGGUCCUGAAUCGGGAAGACCGCAGGAGGAGGAUCAUCACUUGGCCAACAGUCCUGUCAGUACGCACGCAAAAGCUCAGAGCACCUCUACCGUCGAUCAGACCUGGAAAACACCAGCACGAGACCCCUUACCUGGAGCACAAGCGGCAGGUUCUCCACGGCUCGCGCCGGCGAAAGAGGCUGCUACCCGGAAGCAGACCUCUAGGCGCGAACGCGACGACAGCGACGAUGACAGUAUACUGGCUGUGGAAGGCAAAAGCACCAUGAGCCAGAGUGCCAACUACAAAUAUCCCGCGGAGAUAUCCCGCGACAGCCUGAGUAGGGUGAGCUCCCGCACGGAAAGCCAGCCUCAAUCCACUCGUGCCAUUCCAAGCAAAGCCAAAGACCCGAUGGAGAAAACACCAGAAAGUGGACCGGUUCCCCAGACUACCUCGAGUGCCCGAACACCCGCUCAUGCACUGGAUGCACAGCGUCCACCUCUCCUGAAGGUCGGACCGUCCCAUCUGCCUGGCUUCAGAACUUCACGAGCAUCGUCUUCGGAUGGCUUGAGCUCUGUAGUAAGCAGCUCUACGGUGCGCACGCCAGUGGCAGCUCCCAUUGAAGAAAUACGGCGGCAAACUCAAGCUGCGCCUCCCACACAUAGCAUGCCUAGGAGCACUUUCACUCAGAUGCGGCGGAAGAUACUGGACCGCGAGUUUUGGAUGAGAGACGAAAAUGCAAAAGACUGCUUCAACUGCGGCGAUGCCUUUACGACGUUUCGACGCAAGCAUCACUGUCGUACUUGUGGGCAGAUAUUCGACUCAAAAUGUACUUCUGUUGUGUCGGGGAAAAUAUUUGGACAGCAGAGCAAACUCAAGGUCUGUAGGCCAUGUGAGUCUAUCAUAUAUGGUCAUGAUGACGAUUCGUCGGAAUAUACCGACGAAGGUGAUCAACUGUCCAUGUACGAACAGGACGAGAAGCCAGAGGGGUAUGACGAUUACGAGCCCGAGCCUACGGAAAGCGAUCAUACCAAGAUCGGGACGCCCACCAUCAGUAUCCCAAUGUCCAGGAAGACUGGCAGCGAGAAGAAACGUCGCUCUCAUGUCAUCGAGGUUGGCGCCCCAACUCUAGCGAGACCAAGCUCCUCGCGGUCUCUGCGCUCCCUCAGUGGAAGGCCACGGUCGUCCAGCCACAAGCGCUAUCACUCGAGGCACCAGCACAUGCGCCAUGUCAAACAUGACGACCGCGCCCCAUUCCAUCAGUAUCACGACGCUACCCGAAGCCAGCCCGGCCUGUCUGCAUUCCAUCAUGACAACAUCAUUGAUCCCGACCUGGCACCAUUCAUGUCGGAUGAAGGAUCGAGUGAAGAUGAGCCCGCUAGUCUGUUUGCGACCUUGAACGAAGACCCUGCCACUGGCUCGAACAUGGAAGGUGAAAGAGCGGGGCUUGGCGGUAUUUUGGCGGCAAUGAGAAAAGGGAAGGCGCGACUCGGAGACAGACAGGCGGUGGGCGGAGUACACGCCCGUGAUACGGAUAGCAUGAGCAUCACCAGUCGGACUGGCAAUCGACAACCGCGACGCAGAAACCUCAGCGUAAGCAGCAUCACUCACCGGCCGUCACCACGUCGGUCAAAAAGCAAUACCCUGCUGCGACCCUACACGGGCUAUGGUAAUAGUGCACCCAGCUCUCAGCUGGGCACGCCGCAACUGUUGCCAUCACCCUCGGGCACUCCAUCAGGCACCAAAAUGACUCGAAGUGCUUCUAUGCAGGGCAUCACGCCCAAGGUCGAGCUCAACAAAGCUAGCCUGGACCAUGCGCGCAAACUCCUUAGGCAGAUGUUGCAGGACGCCGGUGUGCCCCAUGUCUCAAGCUGGGAGAAGGCUCUCAUUCCCAUAUUGCGACAAUGCACAGAUGACGUCAACCCUGAUGUCGAUAGAGGUGAUGAUAUUGAUGUUCGGAAUUACAUCAAGCUAAAAAAGAUUCCUGGAGGCAGGCCGCGGGACACCGCCUACGUUUCUGGCGUGGUAUUCACAAAGAACGUUGCGCUUCGUAGCAUGCCUCGAAGCAUACCGAACCCACGAAUCGUGAUUAUAACCUUCGCAAUCGAGUACGCACGCCAUCAAGCACACUUUAUGAGUUUGGACCCAGUCAUAGCGCAGGAACGAGAGUAUCUGCGCAAUUUGGUCAGCCGAAUAGCAGCCCUGGAACCCCAUGUCCUACUAGUGCAACGCAACGUCGCUGGGCUCGCACUAGAGUUUCUAGAGAAGGAACGAAUAGCUGUCGUCUAUAACGUCAAGCCAAGUGUGCUGAAUGCAGUAGCUCGAUGUACGAAUUCCCGGAUGAUCUCUUCAGUGGACAAGCUCGCCAUCGAGCCAUCUCAUCUUGGGUACUGUGGCAGCUUCGACGUAAAGACCUACGUCUAUAAGAAUACUAGAAAAACGUACAUUUUCUUGUCAGGCUGUCAGAGAGAACUAGGUUGUACCAUUGUGCUGCGAGGGGCCGAGAACACCGAGUUGGUUAAGCUGAAGCGAAUCACCGAAUUCAUGUCUUACGUGGUAUAUAAUCUUCGUUUGGAAACCUGUCUAAUGCGGGAUGAAUUCAUAGACACGCCCACAACUCCUUCCACUGGAACAAUCGAAUCGAAUAAAGAGGAAGAAAAGCUGGGAACCGAAGCUUCUAAUUCGGAUGGGCAAUGCAAGGAAUCAUCCACCGAGGAGCACGAGCAUGUAAAUGAUGCGCAGUCAGGAGACGCAGCGCCGUCAUAUUAUAGCGAAAUGGUGGAGAAUCAUCGAACCAAGAUACUAUCCUCUUCGCCCUUUGUCAAAUUUAUGCAGCCUUAUUUGCUCGAACAGGCCCGUCAGUACGAGAAAAAGCUCCGCCAUCUAAGCAAGCUCAAGAAUCAAUAUACCGCGGGUGACCCUGAAGAGGCUGAGGACUUGGAAAAAACUGAAGAGUCAGGACAGAAGUUUGAGCUGGUGCAACCGGAGAUGGUCCAUACCGUUGUGGAGCAGGCCUCGAAGCAAGUUCGAGAGUUCCUGUCCGCAGUUCAUGCCUCAGAAUAUGAUAAAGCGAUGCACAACUACAUGACACAAAAGCGGCUAUGGGAAACCUACUUGUCUGGAAACAGGGAUCUCUAUGAUCCUUUCAACCACCAAAAAAUUGCUGUCCUGUACAGUGUUGUCAAUACGAAGUCAUCAACGCCUUGCAUUGGACCUGAGAUUAUCGCACUUGGCUUCUACCAGGAGCAUGAUUAUGACGACGGAUUUACACCAGACUGCACAUUAGGCCAAUAUGUCGAGGAUCUCUGCUCAUCCGCUGGUGUCGCUUGCGAAAUGGGCAAUUGUGACAAAAGAAUGAUAGAUCACUCUCGCCAAUACGUACAUGGGGAAGGACAGAUGACUGUCGUAGUGCAGAAACACCCACCAAAGUUAAAAGGAAUGUAUCAGACCAUUCUCAUGUGGAGCUGUUGUAGAAUUUGUGGACAAGAGACGCAAGUCUUUCCAAUGUCUGAAUGGACCUGGAAGUAUUCCUUUGCCAAGUAUUUGGAGCUAACAUUCUGGAGCACGGAGCUACAUCCUCGGGCAGGAGUGUGUCCUCACGACAUCCACAAGAAUCACGUGCGUUACUUCGGUUACAACAAUGUUGCAUUGCGUAUCCAAUACGAUCCUGUACCGAUGUACGAGGUCCUUGCGCCCAAACAGCAUGUUACUUGGAAAGUGGACAGCGAUUUAAGGCUCAAGAACAACCAGUAUCUAAUGAUAGAGGAGAAACUUGACUGCUUCAUGGACUCGAUUCGCGCUCGUAUCCAAGGCAUACAUAUCGACGAUGUCAUGUCAGGGACAGUGGACGUUUGCAGACAAGAGGUUGAAUCGCUCCUGCAGCGUGCGAACGAGGAGCACGAGUGGCUCAAAGCCAAGCUUCAGGACAAGUACAUGAACUCAAAGUACUACGAAAUCAUUCCCAUGAAUCGUGCCAUCCGCGCUAUUCAAGAGAAAGCGGUCGCUUGGGAUGAGACAUUCGCCGAAUUUGAACAACAGUUUUUCCCCUCGGAGAAUGAUAUUCGGCGACUGGCAAGACUACAGCUGAAGAAAUUUCUUGAGCGAGAUGAAUCUACAAGCUCCUUGACUUCGGUCGAAGAAGGUGCUGAAUCUGGUGCUGAAGAGCCACUCGUUGAUGAGAAGGGCGAGGGACUUGCACUUACCCCUAGACCGUCCGACAUCUCUGCUGAACAGGCCCGCGAUAUGCUGACUUCUGUCGUAAAAGAAGACCAUUCGACCAGCGAAGCACCAGCGGAUACUGAAAAGACUUCGACUCCUUCGAAGCCGACUCUGGAGCCAUUACUGGUUCAGACGCCUCGCGAAGCUUUAGAGAGAGAAGACGUCCGCCACCUAGACCUGGCGGUCUCAUCCAAUUUCCCUGAAGCGGCUCAAACUACUGGAGACCAGAUCACGCCAGUCUCAACCAACAUGUCUGACUCCAGCCAAUUUGACCCAGGCUCACCAACACCCACAGGCCCACCGAAGGUGAAUCCCAUUGAUAAAUCGCUUGCUGAAGCAAUCGAGAAUAUGCCUAGUUCUCCAUCAGCCACCCCAACAUCUAGCACGACAUUGGAAAGCAAGAUUCCACGGCCGGUAGAACCCAGCCGACGUGAGGCCCCCGCCAGGCCUACCACUCUGACGCGGACACAGUCACAACCUGGAAAUGUCACGAAGCAGAUUGCCUCUUUCCCGGCUCCUUCGCCAUUCAAUUGUGGCACCAAUGUAGCCAAACCGACUAUGAGCGAACACUCUAGAACAUUGGAGAGAAUGAGCGAGCGACUAGGUCUUGGGCUCCUGAAGCAGGUCAAAGCAGGCUCACGCAUACCACGAUCUAUACCUUACAAGAAUGACUCGAGGGUAUCCAAGAUUGCACAGCAUUUUGAGCAAUUGCAGCGUGAAUUCCAAAAGGAGCGCAUGCGUGAGCGGCGGAAUGACCGGAAUCGACAGGUUCGCGCAUACCCACUCGCAUCCUCGAAGCCAAUUGUAGAGGUAUAUAAGAACGUUCAUGACGCAGUACAAGAUCAUGAUGAGUCUGAUGAGGACAUGAACGCGGCGGAAUCGCUGCCACGUGCGAGCAUGGACAAUAGUACUCUAGGGGACAGCACUUUUACAGAUGCUACUGGAGGUACUACGACAGCCUCGCAAUCACCCGUGGAGGAGCGUCACCCAAGCGGUGCAUGUUUGCAACACGAAGGAGGCCUUGAGUCGCCGAGAAGUCCCCCUCAUUCGACCCAUACCCCCUCAGAUGCUGAGAACGAAGCAAGUGAUACCGAAACGACCCCUGAAGAUAUCCCCUUACCCGACAGCAUUGCUGGCUCUCAGCUCCUGAACAUGAGCGAUUCCCAGCUUGACAGCUCGUUUGAGUUACCCAGGCACGAAAAGACCACUUUGUUGAAGAUGAUUACCAGCUUCUGGUCUGAGCGUUCUGCAAGUGGUUGGGCACCGCUCGAGUAUCCUUUCUCGCAGAUUGAACAUGUUUGGCAAGACUCUGACAUCAUCAUCCGUGAAGAUGAGCCAAGUUCGAUCAUCGCGCUGGCACUUUCCUGCCCUGACUAUGUUGCGAAACUGCAGACUUUCCGCGAGGACGAUAUUGAUGGAGGCGCGGAGACCUUGGAAGGCUCGAUUGAGCGAAACCUGCUGCAUGAGAAGAACCACAACAUCCGUUACAGCUUCACCAACAGGGGCGUAAAAGCGCAAUGCAAAAUCUUCUAUGCGCAGUCCUUUGACGCGCUCCGCCGAAAAUGCGGGGUUGCCGAUCGAUUUGUCGAAUCGCUGUCGCGCUGCUCCAAGUGGGAUUCCAAGGGCGGAAAGUCCAAGUCUAUCUUCUUGAAAACUCUCGACGACCGCUUCGUGCUGAAGUCGCUAUCGCCAAUCGAAGUGCAAGCCUUCUUCAAAUUUGGCCCCAACUACUUCGCCUUCACACACCAGAAUCUGUUCAAGUCUCUCCCAAGUGUCAUCGCCAAAAUGUUUGGUCUCUUCCAAGUACAAAUCAAGACGCCCACGGGUCGAGAUUUUGACUGGUAUAUGUUGGUCAUGGAGAACCUGUUCUAUGAUCGUGAGCCGAACCGACGCUAUGAUCUCAAGGGCUCGAUGAGGAACCGCAAGAUCCAAGCCACGGGAGAACGCGACGAAGUCCUUCUAGAUGAGAACCUUGUCGACAUCAUCUAUUCCGAGACGCCGAUUUUUGUGCGCGAACAUACCAAGAAACUUCUCAAAGCCAGCGUGUUCAAUGACACACUCUUCCUCUCGCAAAAUAAUGUCAUGGACUACUCCCUCAUGGCGGGCUUCGACGACACCAAUCGCGAGAUCAUCGUAGGCAUCAUCGACUGCAUCCGCACAUAUACAUGGGACAAGAAGCUUGAGAGUUGGAUCAAGGACCGAGGCAAGAACAAACCAACUAUUACGUCGCCCAAGGAUUAUCGCAACAGGUUCCGCAUCGCGAUGGAGAAGUACAUUCUCCAGGCGCCGAAUUGCUGGCAUCAGUUUUCGUCGAGAAUGCCACCUCAACAUGCAGGCGUGGCCAGGGAAAGACAAGUGUUUGAAGGCGUCGGAGCAGACGGAGGCAGGGAUAGUGGGCAUAGCAGAGGUGUCAGCGGGAGUAGUGUGGGAGCGAGCACAGUACGAGAAGGCAAUGUGAGGGAUAUGGGUAGAAGACGUAUUAUGGAGGCUGAGGGUGAUGAGGGGGUCAGACAGCAGGGGAAAAGAGUGCGCUAA